AUGCCGAUCCUCUCUUCCUUGCUGCCGCCGCCAGCUCAGAGCGCCCAUAUAAGGAUCGUCUUCCGCCAAACAGUCUUUCGCAGCAUCCAACUCGCCGCCGACCAAUCGUCGCCACAAUCUUUCUCAGUCUCAGCCAUGGCUCGUUUCUUCGCUGCUCUCCUGGCCGCCGCCGCCAUGUUCCAGGUCGGCUCUGCUGCCCCUUACUCAUUCCCCAACGGUACCGUCCCCGCUGCUCCUCCUGUACCUACCGCGUCGGGAUCUCCUAACGGCACCGCCAUCAUCGCCAACGAGGUUCUCAAGCGCCGUCUGCGAGACUUCCCCAUCGCUCUUCACCGGCCUUAA